AUGAUCCCGGCGGUGCUGGUGCCCAUGAUGGGCGGGAGCGACGUGAGUGCGCCUCUGCGUUUCUUGAUUCGCGCCACCCCCCAUGGGUUGGCGCCUGGCGUCACAAGUUUCAGUGCCAACAAUGUCUGGUGGUGUUCUCGGCUUGCCAUCUCGGAUGGGUUGCAGGGAGACAGGGUGAGGGUGGUGCAGACGCUGCUCUUCGUCACCGGCAUCAACAUGCUGCUGCAGUCGCUCUUCGGGACGCAGCUGCCCACGGUCAUAGGAGGCUCCUAUGCCUUCCUCAUCCCGGUGAUGGCCAUCGUGCAGGACUCGUCGCUCGCGGCCAUACCUGACGACCACGAGAGGUUCCUCAAGAGCAUGCGGGCCAUACAAGGGGCGGUUAUAGUGUCCUCCAGUAUUCAGAUCAUCCUUGGUUACAGCCAGCUCUGGGGUAUUUUCUCCAGAUUCUUCAGUCCACUGGGAAUGGCGCCGGUGGUUGCGCUGCUCGGUUUUGGCUUCUUCGAAAGAGGAUUCUAUCAGGUUGGGAGAUGCGUUGAGGUUGGCCUGCCAAUGUUAAUCCUCUUUGUUGUGCUUUACCAGAAGUUCAGCAUUGCUAACUGCCUUCUUGUUUCUUAUCAGUAUCUGAAGAAUGUACAGAUAAGAGAGAUCCCCAUACUGGAACGAUUCUCCCUGUUCAUUUGUAUCGCAUUGGUCUGGGCUUAUGCUCAAAUCCUCACUUCUGGUGGCGCGUAUAAUCAUUUUGUACUACGAUUAGUUGUCGAUGCUGUGUAA